GAAAAUUCUUGUGAAGGCGACACGACUCUUCACAUUAUUUACCAUCGAAGACUAAAGAGUGUAAAUCUUGGAAGCGGAAUCUGAAACAAUUUGAAAGAAAUGGGAGAAGAAGUAGAAGAUCCUCAGAAGUUGAAGAAAAUGGCAGCGGCGGCUUACGACUACGACAACGACCCACGAUGGGCGGAUUAUUGGUCAAACGUUCUCGUUCCUCCCAACAUGGCAUCUCGCUCCGAUGUUAUUAAUUAUUACAAGAGCAAGUUCUACCAGCGUUACAUUGAUCCCGAUCUGAUUGUUGAGCCAAUGGCUAGUGGCAGUACAUCUCAGCCAGCGGCAUCUUCUACAACACAUAGUUAUACAAGUAGAACAACGGGCACAUUCACUACUCCAGCUCCAAAUUCAACGUCUCUGCGUUGGGAUGGACAAACUAUUCAAUUUUCUGUCAAUGCUUGGAUUUUUGUGGUGGCAGUUCUUGCAAUCUUUCCUCUUGUUCCUAAGAAUCUGUCAAAACGGGCAUUUCGGCUUUCCUUCAUGGGGACUGCAUGUUCUUCUCUGUAUUCAUUAUAUUCGUUAUAUGGGAAACCUAGAGCAUGGAACUUGCAGGCUCUGCAAGUUUGGUUUCAAUCAGUGGCAGUUACCAAAAAUUUUAUCUACUCCAUCUACUGCCUUACCUUUGUCACUUCAAAUCUGUGCCUCAAAUUUGCUUUGAUUCCAAUUUUGUGCUUGUCCCUUCAGCAUGUUGCUAAGUUUCUUCGGCGUAACUUUAGCAGAUCCACCUUGUACAGGAAAUACUUGGAAGAGGCCUGUGUUUGGGUUGAUUCGAACACAACCACCCUUAGCAUUCUGUCUUCACAAGCUGAGAUUGGACUUGGAUUUCUUCUGAUUAUCUCUCUUUUCUCGUGGCAGCGCAAUGUUAUACAAGCAUUUAUGUACUGGCAGCUUUUAAAGCUUAUGUACCAGGCCCCUGCAACUGCUGGUUACCAUCAAAGUGCAUGGGCCAGGAUAGGGAGGAUUAUAAAUCCUCUAAUCCGACGCUACGCGCCUUUCCUGAACACUCCAAUUACUGCUAUUCAGAAAUGGUGGUUCAGGUAAGAAUCUUCGAGAGAAAAAGAAGUUGAAUGACAACAUAUGUAUGUCUUUCCUCUCAGAGACGUGAAUCUCGAUUUAGAAAAAGGAGAUGGGUUCAGAAUCAUAUAUAUACUCGACAAAGAUUUUGAUAUAUUACUCUUUACUAAUAAUCAAAAUUGGAACUUGACGUUCAUAUGGCAAUCUUGAGGUCUUUGAAGUUCUCCAUUUCUUGGUAAGGUGUUGACCUUUCAAUAGUUCUCAUCUUUACUUAAAACUGAGCUAAUUAGAAUGGAGUUUCUUCCACUUAGUUUUCAAGUUUUGGUUUGUGUUUGACACUUGCAGUUGAUUUGAAACAGUAGUGUUGGCAAAAUGCCAGAUAUUCCUGAUUUACAGAGACAGUUAAUGAUGUAAUCUUUGAGAUUUUGCAAUUUGACAGCCUUUUUU